UCGCAUUUUUUUUUUCUUACCUCAUUUCGUUCACACUACGGCUUUCUCUUUAAUAUUUCCUUGUAUCGUCAUUUUUGAUACUUUCUUGUUGAUACAUUUUCUUCCCUUUUGGGAUUUUUUUCGCCUCGCUUUCCGGUCGCUGUAAACUGUUUUCCUUCUAUCCCCCCACUUCUUGUUCCUUACUACUUCUCCACCAUGCCCUUGGCUUCAGUGCUGGAAACCAAUAAGCCAUUUAUGUUUUCGACUUCUUCAUCCUCACGUUCAGGCUCCGUGACGCAUGCGCCGGCAUCGCAGAUGCCCGUCUUACAAAGACCACUGCAGCCUCCACCGUCCAAGGUCCUCGCCGCCACCACGCCGGCAGACCCUCUUACUUUCUUCCCUGUCCAUCGUAAAGAACUUGAAGACCAAGAUGACGAUCCAUACCCCGCUUCACCAAUCUACCAGCGACCGUCUUCACGACCUCAUUCGGCUUACGGUCAUACACUGACCGAUGCUAAUUACACUUACACCUCGCCGGCAGCACCUUCCUCCGCAAGUGCUACUGCUGCACCAUCCCUUUCCGCCACCACCAACGGUAUAUUUGGCCACACCCAGAAGUAUCACACAUACCCGACGCAUAUCCAUCGCCAUUCACUCUCGCAAACACAACCUCUCUCUGAAAACAAGAGGAAUAAUAAUUUGAACAAUCACGUUACUACGACCAUUAGCAACAUUACCGAAGGAGUCCAUGUUUCACAGUCCCUCAGCAGUGUAUACAUGAGCGAGGCAGACGAGUCAGAAAGUUGGUUGGAAGUGGAUACGGCGUAUGAAGUUGCGGGUGAUAAUCGUAGGUUGAAACGACGCAAAGAUCUCACCAGUCGAAUGGAGAAACUGGAUUCCGAUUUCAGACAGAUCAGAGAACGUGUUUUCAAAGAAAGAUUAAAAAUGACACAGGAAGAGAUUAUGCGGAUUAAUACCAAUACCCAUCCCUCCUAUCUGCAAGGAUUGGCGGAAUUGGAAAAUAAUCGACAGCAAAUGAUCGAGGAAGGACGGCUUUUCCGGGAUUACCAAAAGCAGAUUCUGGAGAAUCAAUUUCAAUGCGAAAUCCACCAGGCUGAAGAAGCAUACAAGGUAAAGAUUUCAAUAAACUUCAUUGAUAUCUGGGUGGAUCGUGACUCAUCCAGUAUCUAGGCUGAAAAGCAAGGUAUCAGA